AUGCAGGACGCCUGGACGGCUCACAAGGCCGAGGAGAUCCAAGGGUGCGCGGAGCGCUUCGAAUGGGAGAAUUUCUUCUCCGCGAUCAAAGCUGUCUACGGUACGCCAACUGAGGCAACUGCUUCUCUUCUCAAGGCCGACGGCAGUACCCUACCCACUAAGAAGACAGUGAUGAGCCGAGCACUUCAGAAGCGUCCAAUCGAGUCGUCCAAUCGAGAAAAAGUGAGUCGUCCAAUCGAGUUGUACGUGUUUUUUUAAGUCUGCUCCUCCAAAAAAGAGGCUGUUGUUGUUGUUGAGAGAAAUUGUAUUUCAGCGCUGUUUUCUUUAGCCUAAAUUUUGGAUUCAUCAAACAAGGACGGAAGUUCUUAAAUCGAGUCUCUUCGCUGAAAACGACUGUCCUUCACCAAAACGUGGAUUAUAAAACGCCUUUCUGACAACGAUCCUCCAGCUAUCGCCAUCGAUACUCCUAUCGUUCGAUCAGAACAAACUUCAGCAAAAACGGUCUAUCUGUCGGAAAUCUCGGCUUGUCUACAGGGCCUACCCAUCCAAUACACCGUCUCAAAUUGAUCACCGAAGUUAGGAGCAACAUCUACGAUAAGGCUGAGUCGAUAUUUCUACACUGCUUGCUGUGCUGCUUAAAUUCGGACAACUCGAGUUGUCUCACUUUACCAUAGAUUUACCCGAAAAAAGCGUUCCCUGGAAAUUUUCGGCGUAUCCAGCAUAAACAUAGGCACUGUCCACAGUUGCGCCUUAAGAAAUAGCUUGUUAUUCCUGCAGAUUUGUCCGUUUUGCAUAAGUCCACUACAUAAUGACGAUUUGCGCAGCCACACAAAAUAUUGCGCUGCACGACGGAGUCGAACCACCGACCAUCGACAUCUCAGUCGCGCAGGCUAACCCCUCGGCCACCGCGGCACGACGGCGGGCGAUGUCGCAAAGUUUACUUGAUAGUAAAUGCGUGCCGCAUACCGAUCGAUUUUGCAGUGGAUGCGAGAUAUUGGCCGGCAAAAUCAACCGUCUUGAGGAAGAGAUGGAAAAGAUGAAAACCCUUCUACAAUGUAAACUAGACACACUUGACGAUGCGAAUGUACGUGUUGGACGAAUAACUAGAAGUAGGGCCAAAGGACGACGCACAAAAAAUACGCCAUCAACACCUUCUGCAGCUGUCACGGCACACCCAACACAAACACAUAAAAUACAAGACGACAACAACCAGCGAAGCAACGAUAAAAAACCAGAGGAAAAAAAGAAAUAGUGCAGCAAAAAGGUCGAAGGACAUGAACAGCAGAUUCCGAGGAAUGCCUCCGAAGAACCGGAACCAGGGACGUCGGCGUCCGUGUCGCCCAUCACGGGAAAUGACAUGGGUCCUAAGACCCUCAACCUAUCGCAAAAAACUUCCGACUUUGAUGAAAAUGCCAACAAAACAGAGACGAAUGAGGAUAUUAAUCGACUGCAGCUUAUAUCCUCGUCAGAUCAUGGCAACCACAUAUUGCCUAUGUCGGAGCACGAAACCACUGUGUUCUCGAGAGUGUCGCCGGUCAGAGGACAAUGUCUGAUUAUUCAGGGACUUCCCGAAUCCACAGCUGGUGCUUCCAAAGAGCGGGUCUCGGCAGACCUGAAACUCUUCCAAUGCCUACUCAACGAACUUCUGCGCCCCAAUGAGGAAGUUUCGGUUCUCAAGGCCUUUAGGCUUGGAAAGCGCUCAAUCGAUAUAUCAGAGCACUCACGUCCCCGACCACUCAAGGUUGUGUUAGCCAACCAAGAACAAGUAGGACUUAUUCUCUCACGACGUUUCCGAAUCAAAGACACCAACCGCGGCGUUUUUUUCUGCCGGACUACACACCGGCAGAGAGAAUAAAACGUCGACAAUUAGUUCUGGAACUGAGAACAAGGUUGCAGAAUGGCGAGACGGAUCUUGUGAUCUACAACAACCAGAUAGUGCAGCGCCCUCCCCUAAUCCGUUGGACCGAACCGAUCCGGAUGAGGGCACAGUAGCUUCCUUAAAUGGGAUCACAAGCGGCACCAUAAUCAAACGCCCCAAAACUCUGAAACUAACAUUUUUUUUACACCAACGUGCAGAGUAUCUUGCCCAAGUUAGACGAACUGAAGAUCCACAUCUGUGACCUUUCCCCUGACAUUGUCUCUUUGACAGAAACCUGGCUGUCUGAAAACGUGGAUGACCGCGAAUUAAUGCUACCAGGAUUUCAGCUGUUUCGAAGAGACAGGAGAGAGCGUCAGGGAGGAGGAGUCGUCACGUACGUAAAACACGGCCUGCUUGUGUCAGAAAAAACAGAACAGUUUGCCUGCAGCGCCGAGACUAUCUGGCUCAAUAUAAGGGUACCAGGAUCACAUAGCCUUGAAGUUCUGACCGUCUAUCGACCACCGAGGAGUGACCCCGAGGCUGACGCUCGUCUGUUAGAGGAGCUAGGACGAUUUGCUCUCCGGCCUGACGUCCUAAUCAUGGGCGACUUCAAUGCACCGCUCAUUGAUUGGAGUUCACUAUACGCGCGCGGCCCAGAACUAGCUUUCGACCGACGCUUCUUGGACAUGGCACUCAGGUCAUUUCUCACACAGCACGUCCUAUUUCCCACGAGGGUCCGUGAGGGGCAGCAGUCAAACUGCUUGGACCUGGUGCUCGCGAAAUCGAUGGACAGCAUAGAUGAGGUACAAUGUCUGCCUCCCUUAGGUCGAAGCGAUCACGUUGUACUUCAAUGGGACUAUUCAAUCUUUUCCGUGCCUGAACAGCCCACCAAAAUUAGAAGAAAUAUUUGGCGUGGGGACUUCGAUCAAAUGAAGGCCGAAAUCAACAAUACGGACUGAGAAUCAGCGUUUUCCGGAAAUAUAGAGGAGGAUUGGAAAUGGUUCAGUGAAUUAUUGCAUGCUCUCCUGACAAACCACUGCCCGCUUUCACGGAAGGGGCUAAACAAACGACCCCGGUGGCUGACCCAGGCGUUAAAAAAGGAAAUAAAUAAAAAACGGAGAUUGUGGCAGAAAUCUCUUACUGAUGGGACUCCUGUAUCCAUAAACGCAUACAAAAUACAGAGGAACUUAGUCAAGCGGCUGACCCUCAGGACACGGCAAAAUUUUGAAAAAGACCUAUUGAAUCGUGCUAUGGAAAAUCCAAAAUUAUUCUACAGCUACAUAAGAAGCAGCACACGAAAAAGAGAUCCAAUCCCCCUCCUGAAGACUAGCGGAGACGUAGAGAUUAGUGAGGAUUGAGAAAAAGCUGAGCACUUUUCACAAUUUUUCAAAUCCAUCUUUACUAGUGAAAGUCCAUUUACUCCCCCCGACUACGACUUCGAUGAGGGUCCAAAAAUCGAGUCUGUGUCUUUUGAUGAAGCGACGGUUCGCAAAGAGCUAAUGACGCUAAAUGAGUCGAAAUCAUCAGGUCCAGACGACAUACCGCCUAAGUUACCGAAGGAACUCGCUGCCGAACUAACCAAACCAUUGUCCAUGCUUUUCCAAGCCUCGUUCGAAGCCGGCGGCUUGCCCGCCGACUGGAAAUCUGCGCGGAUCACACCACUGCAUAAAGGAGGCAGCAAGGCCUCUGCAAACAAUUACAGGCCAAUUAGCCUCACUUCCAUCUGCUGA